AAAUAGACAUAAUUAUUGAAUAUUGACCGUCACUAACAGUGUGUAAAAAAUAUGUUGAAGUUCGGUAUAAAAUCGGCGAUUUUGGGCUCAGCCGUUUACUACACAGUGGAUAAAGGUGUUUGGAAAGACAGUUCCACUACAGCUGAACUUUACAAAGAAUUAGAAGAGGGAGUUUCGCCAUAUGUUGGUGAAGUAAAGAAGCAAAUACCAUAUGAGCUUCCACCCUUACCAUCAAAUGACAGAAUAUCAUAUUUAUUUAAAUACUAUUGGAAUUGUGGUGUCAAAACAACAUUUAGAUUUUUAGUGGAUUUACCAACACACACAUCAAAUGCAGCUGUGAAGACAUAUGAUUACAUUUCCACCUCGUUAGAAGGAGGCAACCAAAAUAAAAGCUCUAAUGAAGAACAAUCGAAACAAUGAAUGUAGUUAUGUAGUAUUUAUUUGAUGUUAAUAAAUUGGUUUUAAAGUUA